CUUGGCUGGUUUUUUCCCUGUGGAGUUUACGCACUGCCUCUUCUCAAGCAGUCUGUGCAGGCACUCUCAACGGGCUCAGUGUGACCGGUGAUGACCAGCAACGUUACCAGACACUGUAUAAAAUGUACAACAACUGUGAAAUUGUCAUGGGCAACCUCGAGAUUGUGCUCAUUGAACAAAAUCAGGACCUCUCAUUCUUACAGACUAUCCGAGAAGUGACUGGCUAUGUUUUGAUUGCCAUGAAUGUCUUCACGUACCUGCCGCUGCAGAAUUUGCGCAUGGUGCGAGGGACCCAGUAUUAUGAAGACAAGUAUGCCCUCUUCAUCCUCCUCAACUAUGCAAAUACCACGCAUGCCCUGCGCCAAGUGGGCUUCAAUCAGCUCACAGAAAUCCUUUCUGGGAGUGUCUACAUUGAGAGGAACAAGCAGCUGUGCUAUGUGGAUACAAUCAAUUGGAGAGACAUUAUCCGGGACGUGCGUUUAGAGCCAGUGGUCUCAGACAACGGGGACAAUUGCCCUCCAUGCCAUGAGAAAUGCAACGGGCACUGCUGGGGUCCCGGUCCUGAUGACUGUCAAAAAUUGACCAAGAGCAUCUGCGCCCCUCAGUGCAACGGACGUUGCUUUGGCCCUAACCCCAACGAGUGCUGCCAUGAUGAAUGUGCAGGAGGCUGCACCGGGCCCAGCAAGACACAGUGCUUUGCUUGCCGAAACUUCAACGACAGCGGGGCCUGUGAGACUCUCUGCCCCCUUCCACUGAUCUACAACAAGCUCACGUUCCAGUUGGAGCCCAACCCUGAUACCAAAUACCAGUAUGGCGGCAUCUGUGUGAAAAACUGCCCGCAUAAUUUUGUGGUGGAUCGGAGCUCGUGUGUCCGAACAUGCCCUAACGACAAAAUGGAAAUGGAAAAAAACGACCUCAGGAUAUGCGAGCCCUGUGUGGGACUCUGUCCAAAAGCCUGUGAAGGAACUGGAAUAGGAAGCAAGUUUCAGACUGUGGAUUCCAGCAACAUUGACCGCUUUAUCAACUGCACCAAGAUCUUGGGCAACUUGGACUUCCUUAUCACUGGCCUAGAAGGAGACCCAUGGCAUAACAUAUCUGCACUGGACCCAGAAAAGCUCAACAUCUUCCAGACAGUGCGAGAGAUCACAGGCUACCUGAACAUCCAGUCGUGGCCCAAACACAUGAAUGAUUUCAGCAUCUUUUCGAAUCUGGUCACCAUCGGUGGGCGUAGCCUCUACAACCGUGGUUUUUCACUGCUGAUCAUGAAGAACGUGAAUGUGACCUCCUUGCGCUUCCGCUCACUUCGACGGAUCAGCGCCGGCAAGGUCUACAUUACUGAGAACCCGCAGCUUUGCUAUUACCACACCAUCAAUUGGGAUGUCCUCUCACGCCGAAGCUUGGACCUUGACAUCAGGCGUAACAAGCCCCCCGACAAAUGCAAACAAGAAGGAAAAAUCUGUGAUCCUCUUUGCUCUGACGACGGCUGUUGGGGGCCUGAUCCAGACCAGUGUGUCUCUUGCCUCAACUACAGCCGUGAAGGAACCUGUGUCGAUUCCUGCAGCUUCUAUGAAGGGGAUGUUCGAGAAUUUAUGGAAGAUGGUGCAUGUUUCCCCUGCCAUCCACAGUGCCGGAAGAUCGACGGUGACCUAACCUGCAGUGGAUCGGGCGCUGACGCCUGUGUACACUGUGCUAAUGACAAGGACGGGCCACACUGCGUGGAGAGCUGCCCCAAUGGCAUCCUAGGGGAGAAGGGGCUCAUCUUCAAGUACCCAGAUGCCAACAAGGAAUGUUGGCCGUGCCAUGAGAAUUGCACGCAGGGGUGUGAUGGUCCACAUCUUGAAGAUUGCUUCAUAGGGCCCCUGCCUGUUGUCAGGAAAACUGCGACUGUGGUUGCUGUGAUGGUCGUGGGCUGCCUCUUCAUCUUCUGCUCCUCUGUUUUGCUCACCUUCCUCUACUGCCGAGGCAAGAAGAUUCAGAAGAAGCGCGCCAUGCGCAGAUACUUGGAAAGAGGAGAGAGUCUGGAGCCCCUGGAUCCCAGCGAGAAAGCCAAUAAAGUGCUAGCUCGAAUCUUCAAGGAGACAGAGUUGAAGAAAUUGAAAGUUCUGGGAUCAGGAGUGUUCGGUACUGUGCACAAAGGUGUCUGGAUCCCGGAUGGAGAUUCCAUCAAGAUCCCCGUCAGCAUCAAAGUUAUCCAGGAUCCAAGCGGCCGGCAGACGUUCCACGCGGUCACUGAUCACAUGUUGGCAAUAGGCAGCCUGGAUCAUGCUUACAUCGUCCGGCUCCUGGGCAUCUGUCCUGGGACCCAGCUCCAGUUGGUGACCCAGCUUCUACCACUGGGCUCACUGCUAGAGUACAUCCGCAAAAACAAGGAUGCUAUCGGUCCCCAGCUGAUGCUCAACUGGUGUGUACAGAUUGCCAAGGGCAUGUACUACCUGGAGGAGCACCGCAUGGUCCAUCGCAAUCUUGCUGCCCGCAAUGUUUUGGUGAAAUCCCCCAGCCAAGUACAGGUGGCAGAUUUUGGCAUUGCUGACCUGCUUUAUCCAGACGACAAGAAAUACUUCUACAAUGAGAUAAAGACACCAAUAAAGUGGAUGGCUUUGGAGAGCAUACAUUUUGGGAAAUACACACACCAAAGUGACGUGUGGAGUUACGGGGUGACGUUGUGGGAGAUGAUGACCUUUGGAAGUGAACCGUAUGCAGGUAUCCAUCUUUCCGAAGUGCCCGACCUCCUGGAGAAAGGGGAGCGCCUCUCCCAGCCCCAGAUCAGUACCAUCGAUGUCUACAUGGUGAUGGUAAAAUGCUGGAUGAUCGAUGAGAACAUUCGUCCCACUUUCAAAGAGCUAGCCAAUGAGUUCACACGCAUGGCCCGCGAUCCCCCUCGCUACCUGGUGAUUAAGAGAGAAAGUGGUUUGCUUCCCCCGGUGGAGCCACCAACAGUCAGUGAAAAGGAAUUGGAUGAGAUGGAAACGUUGGAAAUGGAGACGGAGCUGGAGGAGGAGGAACUUAAUAACCUCUUUUCCUCCAGGCAGUGGAUGGACUCCACACGGAGCCCGACUCUUUUGAACCCCUCGGCUGGAUACAUACCCAUGAACCAAAGCAGCCUCAGUGGAAGUCGUCAGAGCGCUGGUUUAGGCUCCCGGCAGACUUUGCGCAUCAGGCAGGAGUCCAUGGGCCGCACAGUGUCAGAGUCGUCAGAGGGACGGGGCACAGCCUCUGACUAUGAGCUCACCGAGGAUAUGUCUUUGUCCGGGAGCCUGUGCCGCAGCCACCGGUCCCGGGGAGAUAGUGCCUACCUCUCUCAGCGAGACAGCCUGAUGCUCCCAGUUGGAAGUGCUGACGGGGAAGAAGACGCCAAUGGCUACGUCAUGCCGGAUCAAAACAGCAGAGAUCGUGCUGCUGGCACUGCUGCCUCCUUGCUCCGCGGCUCACAUCUUGUGCCGCAAGUGGAGGAAGAGUAUGAGUACAUGAACCGGCGUGCUCCGCAAGCAUCACAACCCAGGCCAGCCUCUUUGGAGGAGCUGGGCUACGAGUACAUGGAUCUGGGCUCUGAGCUGAGCGCGUCACUCGGCAGUGUGCCCAGCUCCCAGUUAACCACGCCCUGUCGAGAUGAAGAGGACGAGGAAGAAGACUAUGAGUACAUGAACAAACAGCCCAAGCUCAGCAAGUCCUUGAGCAGCAUCCGCAGCUCCCGGGGAGACUAUACCGAUAUGGACUCCGGCAUCACGCAGGGUUCCCCGGAUGAGCAGGGUUAUGAGGAAAUGGAUGCUGUCUUGCCCCCUGUCCAGUGUCCUGGCUGCCAGAGUCCUCCCUGCCCCAAAAAUGGGUUCAUGAAGGCCCUGCGCACACUGGAAGCCUCAGACUGUGCUUUCGACAACCCUGAUUACUGGCACAGUCGGUUGUUCAGCAAGGCCAAUGUCCAGAGGACUUAGCUGGG